CGCCAACAUGCAGACAACACGAGCAAGAUUAGGGCGCCAGCUGCUGGAUGCGCGGACGAGAGCGAUACGGGAGCCGGUUAGGUGUUUCUCUGCUUCAGCAUCACGGGGUGUGAGGGAACCGCCUCCACCACCGCCGAAAGCGCCUCAGGAUGGCACGACGCACUUUGGAUUCGAGACAGUGGCAGAAGCCCUGAAGGAGCAGCGAGUCCGCGGCGUCUUCUCCUCAGUCGCCUCCUCAUACGACUCGAUGAACGACUUCAUGUCGCUCGGCAUCCACCGCCUAUGGAAAGACCACUUCGUGCGCAACCUGAACCCUGGCCGCAACCCACUCACCUCGUCCUCCGCCGCCGAUACCCAGGGCUGGAACAUCCUCGAUAUCGCCGGCGGCACGGGCGACAUCGCCUUCCGGAUGCUCGACCACGCGUCGCACAUCAACAACGACGCUCACACAAACGUGACGGUUGCAGACAUCAAUCCGGACAUGCUGGCCGAGGGCAAGAAGCGGAGUCUGCAGACGCCGUAUGCGCGGAGUCCGCGGCUGAGGUUUGUCGAGGCAAAUGCGGAGAAACUGGAUAUGAUUCCGGAUAACAGUAUUGAUCUGUAUACGGUUGCGUUUGGCAUUCGAAAUUUCACGCAUAAGGAUGUUGCGUUGAGGGAGGCGUUCAGGGUGCUGAAGCCCGGGGGUGUGUUUGCGUGUUUGGAGUUCAGCAAGGUCGAGAACCCGCUGUUUAAUGCGGUAUAUCAGCAGUGGAGUUUCAACGCAAUUCCGUAUAUUGGACAACUGGUUGCGGGCGACAGGGCAUCGUAUCAGUAUCUUGUCGAGUCGAUUGCGAGGUUUCCGAGUCAGGAGGAGUUCAGUGGGAUGAUUAGGGAUGCUGGGUUCCUGAUCCCAGGGAAGGGGUACGAGAACCUAACGGACGGCAUCGCGGCGAUACACAAGGGUGUCAAACCCGCCAACUAGAGGCGUGCUGUAUUUUAGCAUUGCGAUGGGUAUAUUAGAUUGUAUGAGUAUUAAAGCAUAUUAGAUGG